AUGCUACAAGUCAUUUGUCAGCCUGCGUUUUUCAACAAUCCGGCAUCAAGCAAGGUGAACACGACCCUAGCAGCCGUCGCCGAGGUGGACGGCUUUCAAGACUAUCUCGUAGCCUGCAUGAGGCUGCUCACCCAGCGCGGCAUGAUCCGCGGUCUGGGGAGAGCAGACGGGAGAGAAGGCGAUGGAGGCAUCAGGGAGUGGGACGUGGCGUUUGGCAUUGUGCUGAGCUUCUUCCACGAGACCAUGCUGCGGUUCCACUCCUUGUUCGCCGCUGCACAGGCCAGCAGGGACCUGCAGGAGCUGGAGGGCAUGCUGGAGAGGUGGCAGAGGGAGCAGCCGGUGUUUGAUGGCAGGUACCACCAUCUGCGGUCGGUGAUUUACCGGCUCAGGAGGGCUGUUGAUAUCUCAGUGGCUCCAACAAUGGAGGAGGUUCUCUGCAAGGCAUCGCCGUACCUGCCGCACAACCACGCCAGCGAGCCACACCACCUGCCUGCGGGCUCGGUGGCCCGCCACGUGGAUAUCCAAUUCCGCCUGCUGCGCCAUGAUCUCAUUGCCCCGCUCUGGAGCAAGGCACUCUUCCUCCUCCACCGCCUCAACCAUGAAUCCUCCCGUGGCGAUGGCAGCAGCAGCAGUGGUGGCAGCUGGAGGGGUGGCGGCGGGAGCAGCAGCAGGGAGGAGGCGAUGGGGUUGGUGCGGGCGGACAGGGAGAUGGUGAGGGGUCUGACGGAUGACAUGAAGGGCGUGGUGGGGUUUUCAUCCGAGGACAUGGACGUUUAUCUGCUCAGGGACGUGCGCGUGCUGUCGAUUAAUACUGAUAAGCGCAGUGGCGUGUACUUUCUGAUUGACUUUCUGGAGCCACCCAUGCCGCGGGGUCGGCGCUCUCGUAACAGGUUGGAGUUCUGGGAGAACACGCGGAGGCUGCAGAACGGCUCCCUGGUGUGUCUAUGGAUCCGAGAUAUCCACCCAAGUCAGCACCGUCCCAGGGAGCGCAGGGAGCAAGGCGGCGCAGAUGCAUCCUGCUCGCACCGGCUGGUGUUCGCAACCAUCACAGCAAGGGACACAGAGAGGCUCGCCACUGCCCGGCCGCAGAUCGGCGUGCAACCUUGUGGGGGUAGCGGGUUCAGUGCCGACCUGCUGGGACUGAUCGCUCGGGACGGCAGUGGGGGGACUGCAGGGGGUGCAGGUAGUGCUGUGAGUACGGGCAGCACGCAGGUGGUGAUGCUGGAGGCGCAUGGGAGUUUCUUUGCGUACGAGCCCAUUCUCAAGGCCCUGCAAGGGAUUACUGAGGCGACGCUGCCCUUUGCUGAGUACAUCUGUGGGGCACCUGGCGGGGCACCUGGCGGGGCACCUGGUGGGGCACCUGGCGGGGCACCUGGCGGGGCACCUGGCGGGGCACCUGGUGGGGUUACUGCGAACUUGGGAUAUACGUUGCCUGCUUACAUCACAGCAGGGAUGAUGUAUGAUAUGAGCCUGCUGCUCAAGACCAAGCCACCGUCGUCCUCCCAGCAAGCAGAAGCCACUCCAGAGGAUGCGUUCGCUUUGAGCAACGUCCCCAUCUCCAACCCCACGGCCUUCCCCAUCGAUCCUCUCCUGCGCUGCACGUCACUGGACCGUCCCCAAGCUGUGGCGCUCCAGGCCGCCUUGACUCAGGAGUUCGCUCUGCUGCAGGGCCCUCCUGGGACAGGCAAGACGUAUGUGGGGAUAAAGCUGGUGGAGAUCCUGCUGAGCAACGCCCUCAAGAGCGCUGGUGGUGCUGGUGGAGCAAGCAGUGGGGCCGGUGGACUGGGUCCCAUCCUGUGUGUGUGCUUCACCAACCACGCUCUCGAUCAGUUCCUGGAGGGGCUCAUCGCCAGUGGCAUCAAGAACCUCUUCUGUGGGUCCCAUCCGGUGUGUGUGCUUCACCAACCAUGCUCUGGAUCAGUUUCUGGAGGGGCUCAUCGCCAGUGGCAUCAAGAACGCUACAGGCAGUCGACCUACGAGGUGCACAGCAGGCUCAAGGAGGUGGAGUCAGUCAUCCGUGCCCACAGCGAUGCACUGCAGCAUCGCAGGGACAAUGCCGCUGUGCUCUCUUGGCGCUCCAUCGCCCCGCACCUCCUCGCCAACCACCCCGUCUUCUUUUACGCCCUCCAUGCUGCUAGCAAGGCAGACGAAGAUGGGUUUCAGGAAGGGCAGCAGCAAGGAGGGAUUACCGUGGAGGGUUUGUCUCAGGCGUUCGGUGACUUGGGCAACCAAACAGGCAUUGGUGGUUGGGAGCAGCACAUGGAGGAGCAGGUGGAGGAAAAUCAGGCGGAGGAAAAUCUGAUGGAAACAGUGGAGGUGGAUGAAAGGAGUGACCGAGGGGUGGAGGAGCUGCUGUGCGUGGCGGAUCCGUGGGCAACCAGUGCGCAGGAGAGGCGGAAGCUGCUGGAGUACUGGGUGGGGGAGCUGAGGGACACAGCGAACGCUGCAAUUGAGGCUGAGGUUGAGAGCUUUGCAAGGAAGGUGAAGGAGCGCAGUGAGUUGCAGCAGAUGGAGGAGUUGGAGGUGCUGAAGAGGGCGCAGGUGGUGGGCAUGACCACGUCCGGGGUGGCCAAGAUGCAGCGCCUCAUCACGGCACUCGGCCCGCGCGUCAUCAUAGUGGAGGAGGCUGCUGAGGUGCUGGAGGCGCACAUUCUCACCUCGCUCACCCCGCGGACGCAACAUGUCAUUCUUAUUGGUGACCACUUGCAGCUGCGCCCUAAGGUUGAAGUGUACGAGCUGAGCAAGGACUCCCACAAGGGCUUCGACCUGGACGUCUCUCUCUUUGAACGCCUGGCACUCUCCAGGCGCCUCCCCGUGUACACGCUCGCCACGCAGCGCCGCAUGCGCCCUGAGAUCGCCGACCUCAUCCGCUGCACCAUCUACCCCGCUCUGCAGGACCAUCCGCUCGUCCACGGCUACCCUGACGUGCGCGGCAUGGCAGUCAACCUGCACUUCUGGGACCACGACUGCCCGGAGAGCGGCUUAGACGACUUCAACGAGGGCAAGUCCAAGUCCAACGACGGCGAGGCAGCCCUGGUGGUGGGGCUCGCCACGUACCUCUUACAGCAGGGGUACACGGGGGGCGAAAUCACCAUCCUCACGCCCUAUGUGGGCCAGCUGCUGAAGCUGCGCCAGGCGCUUUCUCAGGUGGUGGAUGUGCGCCUGGGGGAGAGGGAUGCCGAGGUGGCGGAGGAGGCCGUGGAGAAGGGUGGUGCUGGGGAAGGUGGGGCUGAGGUGGGGGAGGGUGGACGUGGGGGAGGUGAGGCUGCAGGGUCGUGGGUGGCGGGGAAGGGGUUGGGGGUGGGUCUGGAUGCCACUGCUCCCAAGGCGACGACGGCGAACCUGAAAGAUGCAGUGCGGUUGGCCACGGUUGACAAUUUCCAGGGCGAGGAGAGCACGGUGGUGAUCAUCUCUCUAGUGCGCAACAACAUGGACGGCAAGAUCGGUUUCCUCAAGAGCCCCAACCGCACCAACGUGCUGCUCUCCCGCGCCAAGCACGGCAUGUUCAUCAUCGGCAACGCCAGCACCAUGAGGGCGAGUUCCAAGUCCGUGCUGUGGCCACGAAUCCUGACCAUUCUGCACAGCAGGGGGCGAGUGGGGAGGUCCAUUCCGCUGCGGUGUGUGAACCACAGCGACACGGUGACGCACAUCCAUGAUGCGAGGGAGUUCAGGGAGAAGGCGAGUGAGGGAGGAUGCUCCCAGAUGUGCGGCUUCCGCCUCACCCCGUGCGGCCACACCUGCCCCCGCAGGUGCCACGGGGACGACAGGGCACACGCGAGGGCGUUCUGCCCCAAGGAGUGCAACCGGAUUCGCCCCAUGGAGGAGUGUCCGCACCAGCACACGUGCCCCAAGCAGUGUGGGGAGCCCUGUGGCCCCUGCACCGUCACCAUCAGGGCACUCACUCUCCCCUGCGGCCAUCCCGCCUUCAAUGUUCCGUGCUUCCAAGCUCACAAGCCCACCUCCAUCUUCUGCCCGGAGAGGGUGGAGGUGACGAUGCCGCUGUGCGGGCACAAGCAGACCGUCAAGUGCAGCGAGUCCGCAGCCAAGAUGAGCAACCCCAAGCUCUGCACCGCUCGCUGCGGGGCUAUCCUUUCAGAUUCCUGUGGGCACACCUGCAUCUCCCCCUGCGGCCUCUGCAUCGUUGACCCAGCUGCCACUGCAGAGCCUCAACAGACACAGGAACAGCAGCAGGAGCAGCCGGCAAGGAGGCACAGGAAGUGCAUGCAGCGGUGCGAGCGGCCCCUCCCCUGCGGCCACCUGUGUCCCGACACCUGCCACAGCGACCGACCUUGCAGCCCCUGCACGCGCAAGUGCCUUGUCUCCUGCCAGCACAGCUCGUGCCCACAGCCCUGCCACCGCACCUGCGCCCCCUGCGCCGAGCCUUGCGGGUGGCGCUGCAUUCACCAGGGGGCAUGCUCCCUCCCCUGCGGCGCUCCCUGCGACCGCCUUCCCUGCGAGCAGCGGUGUGAGAAAACGCUCAAGUGCGGCCACCAGUGCCCCUCCCUCUGUGCUGAGAAAUGCCCUUCUGAGGCGUACUGCACGGCUGCUGGGUGUGGGUCAGCGGAGAAGAGAGGGAUGACGGUGGAUUUGGUCACACUGGAGACUCUGGGGGAAAUUGAUCCGGAUGAGAGCCCUGUGCUUGUACUGGGAUGCGGACAUGCUUAUACCGUGGAUACUCUGGAUGGGCAUAUGGGGUUGAACCAGGUGUACUUAGAGGCUAGUGGUGGGUCCGGUGGGGAUUCCGGUGGUGCGAGUGGGUCUAGUGGGGUGAGUGGUGGUGGAGGGGAGUGUGGGCGUAAGUGGGUGGCAGUGUUACCGUUUGAGGAUGGUGAUUUGUCGAUUCUCAAGGGCUGUCCGGAGUGCCGACAGCCAAUCACGGGGCUCCGCCGGUACGGCAGGAUGGUCAACAAGGCCCUGCUGGACCAAUCAGAGCGCAAGUUCGCUCUCAGCUGCUUGGCAGACCAAGAAGCGGUGCAGAGGAAGCUAGCGCGGUUGAGCCAGGUGAUUUCUUCACUCACAGAAUCCGCUCAGCCCAGGCGGCUGCAGGAGGUGGCUCAGGCUGCAACUCGCCUGGUGCAUGAGACUGGCCAGCUGUGUGCCACCGCUGCAAACCCACCAACGCAGCAGACCUACCAGGCCUCUGUAGCGGCCCUGCAGCGACAGCACUACCUGCAGGGGCAUAGCUCACGUGCGACUGGUAGCAGAAAGGGUAGGCAGGGGCGUGCGGGCCCGUCUGAGUCAACAUGGGAGGAGGAGUGCCAGUUGCUGUAUGUCCCCCGUCCAGAUCCCAGACCCCUCUGUGAAGCGCGCAUGAUGCUGGGGAAGGCCUUUCAGCUGCUCAUGGCUGCAAACUUCCUCCAACUGCGGAACCUCCUUGGGAAUCUACGGAAGACUGUGGGGAGCUCUGCUGGCACGAGCGGGGAGAGCAGCAGCAGGAAGGUGGUGUAUCUGACGCGCUGUGUGGAGAGAUGCAGGGAAGUGGUGCGGACGAGUGUGAGGAGUGCGGAGAGGCAUGUGGGGGAGGCGGUGGAGUGGGCUGGGCGGCGCAAGGCUGUGAGGCUGGAGGCGAGGGCACGCCUGGAGUUGGUUGAUGUGCUCCGUGCGUUCGUGCAGGGCCUCAUGGCGGAACGACUGCUUUUCAACUCCCCAUUAGCACAUCCCCCCGCAUCCAGGAGUGCUAGAGAACUCAAAAUGGCUGCCACCGCUGCGCGAAGCCUGUCGGUCCCUGCAGCCGUCUCGACCGGCGAUGCCGCGGCCAGGAAGGCGUUUUCCGGCGAGAAAGUCGCGGGAUUUGCGCAGUCGGGGCUGAAAGGCAAGGCUUUGAGAUGCGAGUCUAAGAAGGUCGCGGUGCGCGCAGCCAAGAAGGCUGCCGUGUCCGCCGUCCUAGCCGAAGCCACACCACAGCAGUCUGUGGCAAGGUCAAAGCGCGCCGAUCCCAAGUCGGUUGUCUCGGUGAUUCUCGGUGGAGGUGCGGGCACGCGUCUCUUCCCGCUCACCAAGACCCGCGCCAAGCCCGCGGUGCCUAUCGGCGGCGCGUACCGGCUGAUCGACGUGCCGAUGAGCAACUGCAUCAACAGCGGCAUCAACAAGGUGUACAUCCUCACGCAGUUCAACUCCGCCUCGCUCAACCGUCACCUCGCGCGCACCUACAACUUCGGCAACGGCGUCAACUUCGGCGACGGAUUCGUCGAGGCUCUUGCGGCCACCCAGACUCCCGCGACGGGCUCCAACUGGUUCCAAGGAACCGCCGACGCCGUGCGGCAGUUCUCCUGGCUCUUCGAGGAUGUGAAGAACAAGCACGUGGAGGAUGUGGUCAUUCUGUCCGGCGACCAUCUCUAUCGCAUGGACUACAUGGACUUCGUCCAGAAGCACAAGGACACCAACGCCGACAUCACCAUCUCCGUGCUGCCCAUGGACGACAGCCGCGCGUCCGACUUCGGGCUGAUGAAGAUUGACGAGUCCGGCCGCGUCGUCAGCUUCGCGGAGAAGCCCAAGGGUGCCGACCUCAAGGCCAUGGAGGUGGACACGUCGAUUCUCGGCAUUUCCAAGGAGGAGGCGGCCAAGUUCCCCUACAUUGCGUCCAUGGGCAUCUACGUCUUCAAGAAGGACAUCCUGCUCAAGCUCCUCAGGUGGCGCUUCCCCACGUCCAACGACUUCGGCGGAGAGAUCAUCCCCGCGUCUGCCGCCGAGUACAACGUGCAGGCGUACCUGUUCGACGGUUACUGGGAGGACAUCGGAACCAUCAAGUCCUUCUUUGAUGCUAACCUCAACCUCACCGACACGGACGCCAAGUUCAGGUUCUACGAUGCGGCCAACCCCAUCUACACGUCGCCACGCUACCUGCCGCCCACUCAGAUUGAGCGCUGCCAGGUGAAGCAGUCGAUCAUCUCGCACGGGUGCUUCCUGCGCGACUGCACCGUCAACCACUGCAUCGUCGGCAUCCGCUCUCGACUCGAGAACGGCGUCAACCUCAAGGACACGAUGGUGGUGGGCGCGGAUUUCUACGAGACGGACGCGGAGAGGGCGGCUCUUCUAGCUGCUGGCAAGGUGCCUGUGGGCAUCGGCGCCAACACCAUCAUCAGCAAUGCCAUUGUGGACAAGAACGCACGCAUCGGCCAGAGUGUGAUCCUCGAGAACAAGGACCAUGUGGAGGAGUCAGACAGGUCAUCGGAUGGGUUCUACAUUCGCUCCGGCAUCACUGUUGUGCUCAAGAAUGCCACCAUUGCUGACGGCACCGUCAUCUAA